UAACAUUCUGCCAUCUUCCUACCAUUAGGAAAGGCCACCAUAUCCCACUGAUUGCAGAUGGGGCCCGCUGGGCCCCAAGUCUAGCCAAACCAGGAGCUGGUCCUGGCAUAUGCUCUUUCUGGUCAAUCCUUUGGAUACACAGGACUGAAUUGCUCGAUUUAAUGUGAUUUUACACAGAGGUGGCUUAGCAGGGGCUGGUUCCUAUAGCUGGUACCCCUCCUUUCUCUGUUGUGGUUUGUGAGCCUGGACUGAUUAGGACUCAGAUCUGCUCCGUCCUUUCCAGCUGUUGCAGGCAGAGCUUGGGGCUUCACUUCUCCCGUUUCCGAAUAGGGAAGGGACUCGCGUGGGUAUCCGCGCGAUGCUCCGCUUCUUUGACACCUCGGUCUAACCUGCACUCAGCGGAACGGAAGAGGCGCGUGAAUUGGAGAUGCGCCAGUUGCUCGACCGGAGACGAUACUGGUCUCUCCGGAGCGGAAAAGAAGCCACCGCUUUAGCUUUUCUUGCAAGGAAACGGGGAGAAGUUAAGCUCUCGCCUCCCCAGCCCCGCAGACCAGAGAUAUCGGGAAACCCACGACAGAGGAAAAAGCCAGCAUUCAUGCGGUCUUUUCUGCCCACGAUCCACCACACCCUCUAUCUCCAGUAAGCGAUCAAACUAAUCUGUUUUGCGUCAGGGCCUUUUAAAAGCACGUAUCUACAAAAAUCGAUAUUCUGCCAACACCUGAUCUAGAACUAAUCUUCCAGCACGUCCCCUGCCAAAAGAAUCGGACAGACUAGAUUCGAAGCAGCGGGACAGAUUCGCGUCUUUCUGUCCCUGUUUUCUUCACGGGUCGAACCGCGGACAGGAGAAAGAAACCCGAAGCCCAAGCGCCGAGUUUGCGUGUGAGGGCGCGCGCGCGUUCCGUUUCAGACCACAAUCUUCGCCCUGCCUCCCAAACGCUCAGGAAGAGUGCAAAAGAAAAAGGAAGAAGCGUCAAAGGCACAGAUGCGGCGCAACGCCGCCCGACGAACAAGCCUGCCCUUUCGGCCUGAAACGAAGAACCCCGUCUGAUUUGCUCGACAGCUCCUCUCCCCCAUCCCGCGCUUGUGGCUAGCAAGCGGCGGCGGCGGCGGCGGCGGCCGGCUGAGCCCUCCCCUCGCCUCUGCCUGGGCGAAGAAUGCCGGAGGCGCCUGUGGCCGCCCUGCGCGGCGCUUGAAGGCAGCGCCUUGUGCUGUCGACGCCCAGCUCGACCAUGGUGGCUCCCUCUUCCUGACGCCUAGUGGCUUAGCGAAGGACGGAGGCUCUGCGCCGUCCCCUCGCAGCGGGGUGGUAUGCGCGGGCAGCGGCGGGAUGGCCUCGGCUGUGUUUGAGGGCACCUCGCUGGUGAACAUGUACGUGCGGGGCUGCUGGGUCAACGGCAUCCGGAGGCUGAUCAUCAACCGACGCGGGGACGAGGAGGAGUUCUUCGAGAUCCGCACCGAGUGGUCGGACCGGAACGUCCUUUACUUGCACCGCAGCUACUCGGACCUGGGCCGCCUCUUCAAGCGCCUGCUGGACUCCUUCCCGGAGGAUCGCCCUGAGCUGUCACAGUCCCCCUUGCUGCAAGGGUUAAUUACGAUUAAAGAGUCUCAUGACAUAGAAGCCAGGCUGAACGAGGUAGAGAAACUCCUCAAGAAUAUUAUAAAUAUGCCUUGGAAGUAUUCCAGAUCUGAAGUUGUCCUCACCUUUUUCGAAAGGUCUCCUUUAGAUCAAGUGUUAAAAAAUGACAACGUCCAUAAAAUCCAACCAAGCUUUCAAAGCCCAGUUAAAAUAUCAGAAAUUAUGCGUUCUAAUGGAUUUUGUUUAGCUAAUACUGAAACGAUAGUUAUCGAUCACAGUAUAUCAAACGGCAAAGAAAGGCACUUGGAUGUUGACUCAGCAGAACACUUGUUUGAGAAUGUUAGUGAAUUUACUUCUGAACUGCAGGACACUGAUGAUCCAACAGCUUAUGUCACCAAUUUGUCAUACUAUCAUCUGGUUCCAUUUGAAACAGAUAUUUUGGACUAAGACUGUCAAACAGACUUUGCAGCUGACAUCAGGCAACUGUCUUUUCUUGUGACUUUCAGCUUUGUGCUGAUUAUGCCUAGUACAGGUAUGUGAUGCAAAGCAGAAAAGGAUUCCUACAAAGUAUAUCUUGAAGCUGAUAUUGUUUGAUUCUUCACUGUGGCUCCCUGGGGCAACUUGCAAGAAUGCUGUUCUCCUCUAGUGGACAAAGAAGUUUUUAUUUUGCCAAAAAAGAAUGAAACAAGGACAUCUAAAGCUAAGUUGAUUCAAGGAAAAACGUGAUGCAGUGGCUGUCACACACUGAUAAAACGUUGAUGAUACCAAAAAGGAACAAAGCAUCAGUGGCACCAAUAGUUACAGUGAAAGAGCUUCCAUGUUUGUCCUCUAUCAAGCUGUCUCUAACCCCUCCCAACAUUUUAAACCUUUCUUUUUUAAUUGAAAGAUUCAUAAUGAUCAGACACUAGGGAUUUUUUUUUUCAUUUCUCAUGACAGCUUAUAAGAAAUGUCCAGUAGUUUGUUCACAAAGAGAUUCCAGAGUAAAUGAUGCCUUAUGUCAUGUGUGCCUACAAGAAAUAAGCUCAUGAAUUGACUGCUUAGUUUAACUUGUUUGAAGCCAAGGACUUUAUUUAAACAUCUGAGAGCCUGUCAUGGUCUCCUGAAAUAAAUAAAUAAAAAUAAUGAUGAGUAAAUAAGCAAGUUAUAGCUCAAGGAGAAAGGGAGAUGCUCAUGAAUUUUAAAUGACCCAUCUGAACUUUUGGGUUUUUUCUUAGGAAUCCUCUUUUUUUUUUUUUCUUCCAGAAUAGGAACAUGUCGCAAUUCUCAGUAUUAGUGUUUACACAGGUGGGGUACAUUUCUUCCUGUCACUUAACUUUCCAUGGACUAGAACAUGUGACUAUCGCUAAAAGCAGGAUUUCUAUGGUGAAUAAUCUUCAGUGCUCCCCCUUUUAAUAUAAAUAACAACAAAGGAACGUGAACAUGGAUUUGGUGGGGCAGAUUCAUGUUACCAAAUAGUUUUAAUGUUAUGAACACAGCCAGAAUUAUGUGCCACAGAAAUAUUGCUUUUUGUGAUAAAUCAGUGGCACGUGCAACAUGAGCUUCAGCCCGGAGAUAAAUUUGAUUUGCAUUAGGUGAUUUUUGCAACAGCAGAACUUGAGUCUUAGCGGAACAUCUCCUUCCACUAAUAAUAGGAAUACAACCUAUUAUUCAUACUAUUCACUCAGCAAUAAGCUUUAAACAGUUAUUACAGCUCUCAAAGUUACCACACUGUUCUAUUUAAGCACCAACCUCCCUCCCCAGCUUAUCUUCGGUGGUAACUGAGCUUUUUUUCCCAUUAUAGCAACAUAGGAGAUUGAAGAUCUACAGUAUCAAC